AUGAAGUUGAACAUCUCAUAUCCCCAGAAUGGUACCGCGCACUCUCGAGUUUUGGCGGAGCAAACACUAAUACAAACCAGGGACCCAAAAGCUGAUCGAAGUCGAAGAGACCGCAAACUGCGAGUAUUUAUGGAUCGUCGCAUGGGCGAUGAAGUCUCCGGCGAUUCCCUCGGCGAUGAGUUCAACGGCACCGUCCUCAAGAUUACUGGCGGCAAUGACAAGCAAGGCUUUCCGAUGAAGCAGGGUGUCAUGCUUCCUACCCGAGUCAAGCUCCUGCUCGCCGAAGGCCACUCAUGCUACCGUCCUCGCCGGACCGGUGAGCGCAAGCGCAAGUCCGUUCGUGGCUGCAUUGUCGCUCAAGAUCUUGCCGUCCUUGCUCUGUCUCUCGUCAAGCAGGGCGAGCAGGACAUUCCGGGCCUCACCGACACCGUCCAGCCCAAACGUCUCGGUCCCAAGCGUGCCACCAAGAUUCGUCGCUUCUUCGGUCUCACAAAGCAGGAUGAUGUUCGCAAGUUCGUCAUCCGACGCGAGGUCACUCCCAAGAAAGAGGGCGCGAAACCCUACACCAAGGCUCCCAAGAUCCAGCGACUCGUCACACCUCAACGUAUGCAGCACAAGAGACAUCGUCUCGCUCUCAAGCGCAGACGUGCGGAGGCUUCCAAGGACGCGGCCAACGAGUACUCUCAACUGCUGGCUCAGCGUGUCCACGAAGAGCGUGAGAAGAAGAGUGAGCUGCGGAAGAGACGUGCUUCAACCGCGCACAAGUAG